UGAGGGUGGUGCGGGUGAGGGUCUAUUGUCUCGUUUGUGUCUCCAAUCUUUUGCUAGUCAAUAUGAGGGAAAUCGUGCACAUCCAAGCCGGCCAAUGUGGUAACCAGAUCGGUGCCAAGUUCUGGGAGGUGAUCAGCGAUGAGCACGGAAUUGACCCCACGGGGACCUACCAUGGAGACAGCGACCUGCAGCUGGACAGAAUUAGUGUCUACUACAACGAAGCAACAGGUGGGAAAUAUGUACCCAGAGCCAUCCUAGUGGACCUUGAGCCUGGCACCAUGGACUCUGUGAGGUCUGGACCCUUUGGACAGAUCUUCAGGCCAGACAACUUUGUGUUUGGUCAGAGUGGUGCUGGUAAUAACUGGGCCAAGGGCCACUACACAGAAGGAGCAGAGCUCGUGGACUCUGUCCUGGAUGUCGUCCGAAAAGAGUCUGAGAGCUGUGACUGCCUACAGGGCUUCCAACUCACCCACUCUCUAGGUGGGGGAACUGGCUCUGGCAUGGGCACCCUGCUCAUCAGUAAGAUCAGAGAGGAGUACCCUGACCGCAUCAUGAACACCUUCAGCGUAGUGCCCUCCCCUAAGGUAUCAGAUACGGUGGUGGAGCCCUACAACGCUACCCUCUCUGUCCACCAGCUGGUAGAAAAUACCGACGAGACCUACUGCAUCGACAACGAGGCCCUCUAUGACAUUUGCUUCCGCACACUCAAACUGACCACGCCCACCUACGGAGACCUCAACCACCUGGUGUCGGCCACCAUGAGCGGGGUCACCACCUGCCUUCGUUUCCCCGGCCAGCUCAACGCCGACCUCCGCAAACUGGCCGUCAACAUGGUGCCCUUCCCUCGCCUGCACUUCUUCAUGCCCGGCUUUGCCCCCCUCACCAGCAGGGGGAGCCAGCAGUAUCGCGCCCUCACCGUGCCCGAGCUCACCCAGCAGGUGUUCGACGCUAAAAACAUGAUGGCCGCCUGUGACCCGCGCCACGGCCGCUACCUGACUGUGGCUGCGGUGUUCCGAGGUCGUAUGUCCAUGAAGGAGGUGGACGAGCAGAUGCUCAAUAUCCAGAACAAGAACAGCAGCUACUUUGUGGAGUGGAUCCCUAACAACGUGAAGACGGCCGUCUGUGACAUCCCGCCGCGGGGUCUUAAAAUGGCCGUCACCUUCAUCGGCAACAGCACGGCCAUCCAGGAGCUGUUCAAGCGCAUCUCGGAGCAGUUCACCGCCAUGUUCCGCCGCAAGGCCUUCCUGCACUGGUACACCGGGGAGGGCAUGGACGAGAUGGAGUUCACCGAGGCCGAGAGCAACAUGAACGACCUGGUGUCAGAGUACCAGCAGUACCAGGACGCCACCACUGAAGAGGAGGGAGAGUUUGAGGAGGAGGCUGACGAUGAUGAUGAUGCUUGAAGAUGGUGUUUGAAAGAUAGGGAUUGUAUUUAAAGGGCCAAAUGAUUCCUUUAAUUACUUGAAACAUAAACACUAAAUAAAACUUAGAAGUGUAGAAUUUGAUGAAGGGGAUUUUAUAGUAUAGUACACACACAACCAUUGUGAAAGCAAAUAAAUACAUUUCCCAAAUGAA